AUGGAUAACCAAAUAGACUCAUUCUUAAAGAAACUCUCCUACGGCGCCAUAGCCAUAGCUUCACUCACACUCUUCUCUCUCUUCCUCCGGACCCCAGACACCUGCGUCCCUCAAGAAGCCCCACCCAAACCCCACCUCCGCUUCCCCAAAUCCUCCUGCGACUUCACCUCCACCCGCCCUCACCUCCCCUCCGACAAGAAAAACAACCGUCUCUGGUCCUCCCGCGACUGGAACAACAAACUCCACUCCAUCUCCCUCAUCUUCCUCCCGAUUCGCGAUCUAGGUCUCCUCCCUAACCACUCCAAGAUCCUCUGCGUGUCCGCCGGUGCCGGUCACGAAGUCGCCGCGUUGCAAAGUCUCGGCGUCGAUGAUGUUACUGGUGUUGAGCUGUAUGACUCUCCGCCGCUUGUGAGCCGGGCUGAUCCGCAUAAUUUGCCGUUCUUUGACGCUGCGUUUGAUUUUGGAUUCACUGCCAGAUUUGAUGAGGCGCUGUUUCCGGCGAGAUUUGCGGCGGAGAUGCAGAGGGUUGUUAGGCCUGGUGGUGUUUGUUUUCUUCUUGUUGGGGAGUGUGGGUCACAUGAGGUGAGAGAUGUUGUUCGGUUGUUUAGGAAUUGUAGGUUUGUUACUUCUAGAAAUAUUACUUUUAUUGGAAUUAGAAUGACAAGUAUUCUUUUGAGAACUAGAAAAUCUUCCUCUUAA